AUGCCCGGAUACUUCUUCGACUACCGCUACCUGCAUGCUUGGGCGAUGGCAUCCCGGGCGAUGCUUCUGGCAGCUCGUAACAAGGCGCAUUGGAAUGGUCUGCAGGUGAAUGCUGACCAGCCGAAUCUGGAGGUAGCGCGAAGGUUGAGGUCCGUCGUCGACCUUUUGACGAAGGCCAGAACUAUAUGUGUCAACUUGCGACAGCUCUCCAUGCUCCUGUCGCCAAUACCAGGCACUGUCAGGCUGCACUGGGACACUGUUCCAUUGCAGCCGCACCCUCCUCUCCGCAAUCUUCUUUUUGGCUGUCGCUCGAGACGGCCUUUAAUGGGCUGCGCCGACUUUGAUGUAUUCUUGCCAGCCACUGUGCGAGGCAUGUACAUUGGUGUCAGGGAGUGGAACGGACAGAGGCGAUCGUACUGUCGAGUCGACAAUGUGUUCCAAGAAGGCAUUGCCUGGUCAAUUGGAAUCAAUGACUUUCCAGCCAGACCGCAUAUGUCUGCCAGCAUUCGUUCACCAGUUCCCAAUGCCACGAACAGGUUACACUUGAAGUGGGACCAGAGAGUUUUUUCAAUUGCGCUCAAUGGAGUGGGUGUCGCUCGUGCUCGACUCCAAGAAGGAGAGCACGGUGAUGCUGCGCCACCUCUCUCGAGCUUGUUCUUCAUGAUCUUCGGACAAGCAAGACAUCGGCAGCCGCUUCUGCAGUUCAGCGCAGUCCGUGCUCGCCCGGUUCAUACAACUGGGAUGAUUGGUCGACUGGCCGCUACGUCCAUCCGCGCAGGGAAGUUCGGGAUUGUUCGGGAGGAGCUUCAGCUUUUGCAGGUGCUUUGGAGGAUAGUUGCCCGAGUGUGGCCCAAGCCCUUGCCAGAUAUGGUUGGCAGUGUCAUCGGGAGCGAUUCGCCGGGUGAACCGUUCUUUCGGAUGACAGCGAACCCAGAAGCAGACAGCACGGAUGUGCUGGAGUCAUGUUCCACACUGGCCAACCUCAAUCCACACGAGACAGAUGCAAGACUGCGCUUCCAGACCGAAGGACAUGCUUAUUACAUCGAUGGCGAGAAGAUCGUUACUUCAUUGAUCCACGAGUAUGCCGCAGAGUUCGAUGCAUGGCAGGCUGUGCAAAACAUGAAGGCAGGCAAAAACUGGCCCCGGCGGGAAUAUGCUGUUUCAGAUAUUCAAGUAGAUGUCAUUCUGCUGAAACUGGUCGAUGCACCUGGCAGUGCCCGCGAAAGACUAACCGAAGUUCUCCAGCACCAGCCCAUGGAUAUUGAAAGUCUUUGUGCUGAGCUUGCCCGAUUUCGUGAAGAGCUUUCAAACUGGGAUGACAUCGUGCAGGAAAUCAUGCUUCAGGAUAAUGAGAUCGUGGACUUCUGGAAGAAGAAAUCUUUUCACGCAUGUAAUGCCGGGACAUGGAUGCAUUCUAUGCUUGAGCACAUGAUGAACGGCUCCGACAUACUCCCUGGAACUAUGACCAAAGAGCUGAGCAUGGCGGUAGACUUUCUCCGUGAACUGCACGACGAGAUGCCGGGACUGGUCGCCUACAGAUCAGAGUGGACCAUCUACGCAGGCAGAGAGAAUCUGGCAGGAUCGAUAGAUUUGGUUCUGUUUGACACAAGCGACGAGAAAUUUGUGCUGAUAGAUUGGAAGCGCAGCGAGAAGUUACAACAAAAAUACAACAGCUAUGGCAAGUUCAUGAUGGAACCACUGCAAGACAUUCCGGACUGUCAGGGCGAGCAUUACCGGUUACAGCUCAACAUCUACAAGUGGAUUCUGGAAAGUUACUACUCCAAGAAAGUGAAGAGUAUGAAAGUUGUAUGUGCAUAUCCAAAUUCAUGCAAUGAGGCUUUCGUGGAUGAUGUGCCUGACUUAACAAGUGCCGUCGACCGGUUAAUGAAACACCGCCGCGCUCACGUACAAGCCAAGAGGACAGCAUGCGACUUUUCACAAAUGCCUGAGACGGCUGAUCUGGCUGGAGAAGAAGAUAUCGAUGCUGCCAUGGAGCCGGCAGGUGAACUGCCUGGUCCGUCAAGCCUGCAAGCUUUGCCUGAGACAGCGACAGUUGUUGUGCAGGACACUCUGUUGGCACUGGAAGAAGAACCUCAAGCAGCCGACCAAGGCUUUCCAAUGUUCAUGCAGAAGAGACGUGACAUGAAGGGCGCCAACGACAGUGCACAGUUGUUUCAGGACAUGUUCUCAACCAACGACAGUCUUCUGCAAAGAACCCUCGACCAAGAGCCAGCCGAUGCCUUACAAGCGCCUGAAAGUAUUCUACAAAACACGAGACGUGGUGUAGAACAACUCACUGAGCUACAUCCCACCUGGUCGUCAGAGUUGCUGCGCCUGUCACUUGUUGGCGGCUACCUUUGCCAAGCCCGCAUAGGUGACAGACCGAUGUUGGCAGACUGCGCAGGACUUCUGUGGAUGAUGGAGGGCGAGAGACAUAUUCGCGUCCACAACGGUUUCUGCUACGUCUACGACGAGGAAGGUACCUUUCUUCCAUUCGGCGGGGUUCCGCCUGAGACCGUUCUGAGAAGGGUGCAUGCAUUUUGCACUCGUCUUGAAGGCCUUCUCCUCCUCAUACCGUCGCGCACAAAGAGGCAUCCUGCGAAUUUGCUUAAUGCAAUUGCGGCCAAAAGACAAGAGUUUCCAUCUGAUGAAGCUUUUAUCGAGCAAUGCGCCGCCAAUGUUCUGAAGGGCAGAUCCAAUGUCGAUCAGUAUCAGCGACUAGAUUCAGCUGCUCCUGAAGAUGCCGCAGAGGAAGAGCAGUCGCUGCAAGUGGCACAGGAUUUUGGUGAGGAUGGACCAGAGUCUUGGACUGUAUCUGUUGCUGAUAGAGUUUGGAAAAUCUCGUGCGCUCUACGAUCCGAACUGAUGCAUACCAAGCUGAUAUCCCUCCUGGUGGAAUGGUGCGAGACGCCUGACCAGAGACAGAGCUGCUUGUGCUAUCAAGACCUGUGUGUCAGAUACGACGCCGACCCUGACACGGCAGUGAAGAUCGUUCCAAAAGCGUCCUCCAACGACUGCUACAUCAAGAUCCCACAUGCAUUGAAAGAUCCAGUGCUGGAGGACAACGUCCAGCGUGUACGCAAAUUCUACUCGCAGACAUUCUGGUGCAACUUCGACGUUUUCAGAUGCUGCAUGGCUGCAGCCGCCUUGGCGAAGAGGGGGCUCAACAUCGACAGAUGUUUCAUCGGCAUAUCCCCCGGCGGGGUUGGCCAGAGCCUCUAUUCCUUGCAUUUGGCUGCAAUGUUUGGAAGCAAUCAUGCUUUCUUCGAUCCGAAUGUCUGGCAUAACGACGAGGAACUUCGCAAGCAAGUGGAAGCCUUAUGGAUACACCACGCGAAUGUUUUCGAUCUGCGGAAGAGAUUGGAACUGAACCGAAUGAUGAUGUUCGCCGGUGUCAACAUCGGAAACUUUAACUCCAUUCUGCGUCGUGCGCUGGUGUGGAAAGCAAAAGCCAGAUUUCUCCCCGCGCAAUAUCUACGUAAUCACCCGGAUCAUGAGAAAGCCGGCAUCUUUGUGGCCGAUCCGUCCCUCAGCAAGUUCCUGUCGUCGCCGCAGGCAUCGAUUGCAGGGCUUCGUCUCCAACACGCAUUCGAGCUGCAGUUCAAUAAAGAGCAAUGUUACCAGCUCAUUGAAGAUUACGUGAGCAGUGGGGAUGAAUACCUCACAGAGGAUACUAUGCGAACGGCUUGUUCAUUGCCAAUUCGUCAGAAGGCAGAUGACAUUGAUGCAGGCGUAGGCAACCUCCUUGCAGGCUCUAACUCACAGGAAGAACGCGACCAAGGAAAAGCUGAGUGGGAUAAUUUGACGAAUGCCAUUACGCAGAAAAUGUUGGAGACCCAGGUGGACACUCUAUCCUUCUAUGAGUUCAAGACAAUGGUUUUUUCCUGUUCAAUCCCUAACCUCCCGAAGACAUCUCUCUGGGACGAACUGCAAAACAAAAACUUCAUGAUGAAGGGCAUGCUCAAGACGACCAAGACCAAUAAGGAAAGGCCUGGAGGCUUGUUGCCUCUGAUCAGAUUCAAGAAACCAUUGGACACCAUCGUCGACGUCUGUCGAUCCAACAGGUUGGUUUUCCAGGAGCUACAUAAUGUCGCAUCCCUGGCUGAGUACAUGAACAAGUUCCCCGCGAGAGCAUCCAACGUCAGCGUAAUCAUAAACUACCUGAAGCAAGCCUUGGGCCAAAAGAAGGCCAAAGGCCGGCCCGGUGUGUCUGCCAAGACUGAGAAGAGCGGUUUGGAGAAGAAACUUCAGAAGAUGAAAGAGUACGAAGCCGCUCUGGAGUAUUACAUGAAUUUGCCUCAAGCGGCAAAGAGAAGACGUGUGACAGGCAAAACCGAGUCGGUACCUGAAUCAGUUCCAGAAGGCCCCGGUUUCCACUCCCUGGAUGUAACGUACCACUACGUCGACAAGAGCACAGUUCGAGGUCGCAGGUAUACGAAAAGAGCAGGUGCUCAGUGUACGCCGAGAAGAGUCCAACACAGAACCUUGUCGGAGCACACAUGCGACCUGGACAUCGCGAACUGCUGCCUGACUAUUCUUCGCCAGCUCAUCGACAAGAUGGAGCCGACGCCAGGCCUACCGACACAUCUGCGAUCUGUGUUGGACAGAUGUGUCGAAGAUCGGGAAGCUUUCGCACGCGACUGCUUGGACAUGUCCACGACAGAGGCAAAGGCUCUCAUCAACGUUAUUUUCAACGGAGGUGCCCCGUCUGCUGGCGUGCAGAACGAUUCCGUCCAGAAACUUCAGUCAUUGGGAAUCUACUGUCGUUGGCUUGCGUGCAAUGCUUUGCCGGAGGAAUAUGACAGGCUAGCAAACGAUGCCAAAAAGGAACGACCGAUGGCGUCCACACUACAUCUGUUCUGGACCUCGGUGGAAGACGCCAUUGUGGAUGCCUGGCUAGAAGCCUUGUGCCCGUUAUUGCCCAAGCACCUAUCCUUACACUUCGAUGGUGUCAGGAUCGACAGGGCUGCCGUUGAACAGAAUGCGGAUCUCAUUCAAAGAUGCCAAAAGGCCAUCGUCGACAAGACCGGGUUCAAUGUUCGUAUUGUGCAGAAGACCACAAGUACGAUCAAAGAUUUGAUCGCUGCCAAGACCGAGACUAUGGUUUCUUUGAGAUCGAUGCCAGCGGCAUUGUUACAGGACGGCAAUUGCAUACCGUGCGCCAUUUGGCAUCUAUCCCCAAAGAGUAGAAUGGAAAUCAAUGCAGCCUUCAGCAAGGCGGACAGAAAGGAAAACGCUGACGCUGUUGAGCAGGGGUUUCGCUCCUACAGGGCAUGUGCCACGAUGGUAAAGAAAGACCUCCACGCUUGUCUCGGGCUUCCAGCUUCGGAUGUCGACAACUUCAUUUUACAUUUCGAGAACGACGGCAAACCUCACUGCUUGGCCGUACAGUACAAUGCCACCAGAGAUCAUGUGUCAGUGCUUGAUGGUGCGACGCACUAUCGUCUCACGUUGAAGAACUUCACCUCGUGUGUUCUCGAUGGGAUAGAUGCAUCAACAGCGGUGAGCUUCUGGGAACAAUCCUUGGGGAGAGACGGCAGCCCUGGUAUGUUGCUGGAUCUUCAAGCUGGAGCGAAACGCGCAGCCCCCGACAAGGGCAAGGCAAGCCAUGCCUCAGCAGCUUCUUCGGAGAGGUCCGGGCCCAGGCUGCAGCAAGCUUUGGUUCAUUCAGACGCCAGCGACAGCACGGGGUCAGAUGCAGAAGAUGCCGCCGCCAUGCUGCCUUCUCAAUGUAGCAUGGUCGACGAUGAAGAUAAGGCUCUGAUGUUUUCCGAGAGUAUACUGGCGAAGAUGGCCGAGGAAGUCCGUGUCUACACGGAGAAGCUGAAGUCAGGCGACAGGAACAUGAAAGUCGGCGGCAAGCAUGCAUGCAGGUUGUGCCCUUUUCGAAUCUUCAACAAGAAGACGGGACUGUUGACCCAUGUCCGCAAGUACCACACCGACAUCAACCAAUAUGUUUGCUCUGGCACAAAGCAGAUCAAGGUGAUCCUCGCUUUGCACGAUCAUGCCGCAGGACUCCAACUGUCAGUCUGUCAUUACCUUCAAGAGAGUGCACGGCUCAUGGCAGCCACUGUGGUCCCGCCUCCUUGUACGUCUCGCAACUAUGUGGACAAGACGAUCAGGUUACUUUUCAAGUCCAGUGGUCCAGAGUAUAUCAACGUCUCCGAGCUCGGCAAAACAGUUGUGGCUCGCCGAGUUCGGAACAUCUACUAUGACAAGUCUUUUGCAGAGAUGCUCUUCCAGGAGGUACUGAUGCAUCAUGUUCAGGUUCGAGCUACCUGGCCCAGAUUGCAUCUUCGAGCCCACGAAGCUGGAAAUCAGCUCUCCUCGCUGUAUCCCACUCACACUCGGCAUUGGUGGCCACUUCUUGAGGAUGUCGCAUACUCAGCUGCAGUUCAAACGAAGAUGAACGAAAUGCUUGAUGUUCUUCUCGAAAACAAGGAGUGGCUGUACGUGAGCGUGGAUGCAACGCUUAAGACAUGCCUCAAGCUCAAGGGUCAGGAGUCAUAUAGGGCACCAAAGGCGGCUCGAAAUGCUGCCCCAUUUCCUGAUGCCACAGCGUGGAGGCGGCUCUUGACGGCCCGGGGUCGCACAGGGGCCGUUCUGCUGAUGGUGCCCCUUGCAACUGAGAAGGCAGAGCACGUCGUGGAGCAAUUCCAACUCAGCUUCUCAGCAGCUGCUUUGGCCCAAGUCGAGUACCUGGCUACAGAUCAGCCGUCUCCGAAGCUGUUUUCGAUGUUACAGAGUAUCUGCACGAGCCUCAAGUGCGUGGCCCUUGAUCCGAUCCAUCUUGCAAUCGUGUAUGAGUACGCACAUUGGAACAAGCGAACGGCCGGUUCGAGAAUGCUGCGAUCAUUGGUGCGCAAGGUGCUGGCCAUUGAUACAAGCAAGGCCGCCGAGGAUUGGGGUGUGAUCUUUACUGGCAGCAACCCCACGCCGUUGAGCCAAGAGGAGCAAUGUGCGCGAGAUCACAUAUGGCAUCAGUCUAUGCCCAAGGCCGAGGCUGAGGCGUACAUGUUGAGUCUGUGCACCGAUGUGCCCUUUUACAACCGCUGUGAAUUCAUAAGGGGCCUCGCGGCUUUGUGUAGCUUGAAACCGGAGGAAGUUGGCAGAAAGGUAACCGGUGCCAACAAGGAAGUGUUUAAGAUCCUCUGGUCAGCUGCUGCGCCGGACCGCCUCGAAUGGUUGUGGAACAACCUGCGGCUCCGACACGGCAUGACUGUACUGGAAAGGGCAUUCCUUCCCAGUGGGACCUCCUCGAACGAGGCCCUUCACGCUGAGAUUAAUGCAUGGUUGCGCACAGCCAACUCCCUGCACAGAUCCACGCUUCUUUUGAAGCUGCGUCUGAUGCGUUACCGCAAGUUGGUAGCACAUCACGUUGCAAUGUGCUUUCCGUUCGUUAGAGUCACUGCCGAAGGUGUCAUUUUGUCGCGUGCACUAGCCAAGCCCUUAUGGUCAGAGGCCAGCUGGCUGGGCUGGUGUGACGAGCAGAAAGACGACGGAAAAGGCCCGCAGAACAAGGCCAAACUUCCGCUUGUUCGUGCUCGUGAAGAUGAGGCAUCUGCGGUGCAGGCUUGGGUUCGAAAGAAGCCAGCCUCUAAACGAAGGUGCAUCAAGCGCACGCCCUUCAACGCCAGACGGCAGCACCAAAUUCGGGUCGGGGGCAUCAAAAAAAAGUGCCGCCGGCGGGCAAGUGCCUGA